AUGAAUUUAUUCAAUAUUCCGUCGUCAUCUACCGAGUUAUGCUUUGAUUUUAAUGAGUUCUUUAAGACAAAUUUUUCUGUUGACGAUUUUUUGCACAAUUAUCGAUAUUCAGCAACUUUAGAGACAUUUCGGGAUGAUUUAGGAAUAUAUCUAAAGAUCCUUAGGUCGGCUAUGAUAGAGCUGAUUAAUGAGGAUUACGCUGAUUUUGUAAAUUUAUCAUCGAAUCUUGUUAAUUUGGACAAGUCAAUCAACAUAUUAAAAGAUCCUUUAAUUCAGUUACGAGAGGAAAUUCUGACUGUUAGAACAAAUCUACAGGAUUGUAUGAAUGAAAUCAAUGAGUGCCUAAACGAAAAACGUCGAUUUAGACAGAUACGUAAAAGCCUUAGUUCCUUAGAGACAUCCAGAAAGUCAUUAGAAAAAAUACAAAAAUUAAUGGAUUCAACGAGUAGUGAUGACAAGGAAAGAUCGAUUAUAUUAGAAAGAGUCGCACUGGAACUCAUUCAAUUGCAAUUUAACAUUAAAUAUUGUCAUCAUUUCCUUAAUUCCAAUGAAAAGGCGUUAAUUGAUGAGCAAGAAGUAAUUUUAUUAAAGAAUUUAAAUGAAUACUUUCUACAAGCACUAGACCAAAAUUCAUCAUCAAAUGAGCUAGAACGAUGUUUAAGAAUCUACUAUACACUUGAUAAAUGUAAAUUAGCCGAAGAUAUUUUCCGAAAAGAGACAUCAACUUAUAUGGAAAAGAUAAUCAGCGAGAAGAACAUGCAUAAGCAUCCAGAAAAUUUGACUGGAAUUUAUAAUCAGAUCUUGGAUUUUGUAUCACUAAAAAUGAAACAGCUCCUAAGUCUGACUCGUGGAAAAACGAUUAAAGUCAAAGGAUAUAAUUUUCUAUUCAAUAGCUUUUGGAGUGCUACAGAGGAAAGACUAGAAACUAAUCUUACUUCCAUUUUUAAUCCAGGACUUUCUGAUCAAUUCUAUCAAAAGUUUAAGUGCACAAUGGAGUUUCUUAAACGAAUAGAUAUGAUUAUUGAUGAUCCAGUGCUGAUUGAAAAAUUUCAUGAUCAUGAGCAAUAUAGGAAAUUUCAAAAGCGAUGGAACUUGCCAGUUUAUUUUCAAAUUAGGAAUCAAGAAAUAUCGACGACAUUAGAAAAGUUCUGUGACAUUAAUUGGGAUACAAUGAUUGUACAUUCAGAUUCUAAUCAAAUGCAAGUUAAAGUCUUUGUUGAAGUUAUUAAUUCAAUUGCAACUUGUUGGAAAGAUGGAAUUUUCUUAGACCAGCUUUAUUCGAAUUUCCUUAAAUUAACUCUUCAGCUUAUAUCAAGAGCUGUCCGAUGGACACAAGAUGUUCUUAAACAAACAUCAGAAAAUAGCGAAGAAUUAAAAAUUGACCUUCAAUCAUUCUAUUCAGUCUUUUAUAAAGACAUUGGGACCCUAAUAUUAAAAUUUCCACAAAUUGAGGAACUUCUGCAUCAAAAAUUGAAAGAAAAUUCAGUCCUAAAAGAUAAAAUGGACAUGACAAGCAUUAAGAAGUGCUUUGAAGCACCACAAAAUGCAUUUAUUGAAUGCCAAAGAAAUAUUGAAAAUCAAAUAAUGAAGAAACUGAUGAUAUCGUGUCUCAAGUCUAUUAAAAAUGUUCAAGACAUUCCUCGAUUAUUCAGAAAAACGAAUCGUGAGGUUCCAACAAAGCACUUGCCAUAUGUUGAUCAGAUUUUACAGCCAAUAGAUGACUUUAUGCAAAAAUAUUCACAAAAUUAUCAACCGGAAGUCAUUCAACGGAUAUUAAAGGAACUGUUUAGUAAAUUAACAAUCCAGUAUUAUCAGUCAGUCAGUGAAGUUCUUACAUCCGUUCAAAGAACAGAAGAAUCAUUGAGAAGAUUGAAGAACUUAAAGAAAUCACAGUCAUCGUCAAUUGUUAACGACGAGAGACAACUUAUGUCUGAUGAUGACAAAAUUCGGUUACAGCUUCAAAUUGACAUUAUGCAGUAUGUAAAAUGUGUUGAAGAACAUAAACUGAAACGAGAUGAAAUCGAUAGUCUUGUGGCAAUAAUUAAUUUAAUCGGCGAUAUAACAAAAGUUAAACUUGCAAUUAAUUAG